AUGGGUGAUUUUGUUGAGCAAGGAACUUGCAUCAAAUUUUGUUUGCGGAACGAAUAUUCUUGUGCGGACACGUUGAAAAUGUUGCAGAAGGCCUUUGGUGAUCAAACUAUGGCACAAAAAAACGUUUAUAAGUGGUACAACGAGUUCAAAGCGGGCCGAGAACGCGUUGAAGACGAACCACGCUCUGGACGACCAUCAACGUCUACCGACAAGGGCCACGUCCAAAAAAUCAAAAAUUUGGUGCUUGCAAAUCGUCGAUUGACAAUCAGAGACCUCGCUGAUAGUGUUGGAAUAUCAUUUGGCUCAGCCCAAACCAUUUUGAAGGAUGUUUUGUGUCUGAAACGCGUCAAAUCUCGAUUGGUGCCAAAAUCGCUCAAUUUUUUGGAAAAAAAGUGUCGCGUUGAUGUUUGUGAAACUUUGCUGUCUGAAUAUCAGGACCACUUGAAAUGCAUCAUUACUGGAGACGAGACUUGGAUUUACGCAUACGACCCUGAAACCAUCGACCAAUCCAGUAAAUAUUGUGCAAAAGAUGAAGCAAGACCGAAAAGACCACGGCAAAGUCGAUCGAAAAUCAAGGUUAUGUUGACAGUUUUCUUUGAUUAUCGUGGUGUGGUGCACUAUGAAUUCUUUCCGCCGGGCUAA